UGUCUUGCGCGUGUCGUUUCCGAUGGGUUUGAUGAUAACGACUGUUGUUGCUUUUAAUAUUACCGGCGGACAGUAAGUGGUUACCGGAAAGCGUCUUAUCAGUCACAAGCCUAGGAACACCGAUCAAAGCUCCACGAUUUGGCCCACGGUCAGCAAGCAAGAUGGUUUUCCUGAACUGAAGAAACAGGACAUAAACUGAAAAGUUUCACUGACUUCAGCUUACUGAAACAACCUGACAAUGGAGCCUGUAACUAUCCAGCUCUUGGAGAGCAUUGCCAAGGACAAGGAUGCCUGCAGCCUGAUGGCAUCGCUCUUCCAGACAGUCACCAGUGAUAUGAAGGGCUCCCAACCGGUGUGGGAGGACUUCGCCAAGCAGGCCAACAAGCUGCACAUAUGCCUCAGGAGCACACUGCUGGUGGUGUCGUCCUACCUGGACGCCUUCCAGCGCGUGGCCGACAUGGCCACCACCGCCAAAGGCGCCACGAGAGAGAUCGGCACAGCGCUGACGCGCAUCUGCCUGCGCCACCGAGCCGUCGAGGCCAAGGUCAAGGCGUUCGCCAGCGCGUUGAUGGAGAGCCUGAUCGUGCCGCUGCAGGAGAAGCUGGACGACUGGCGGAAGGUGGCCACCCACCUGGAGAAGGAGCACGCCAAAGAGUACAGACGAAGCCGGACGGAGCUGAAGAAGCGAUCUUCAGAGGCGCAGAAGCAGCACAAGAAGGCUCGCAAAGUGAAGUCGCCGGACGCGCAGCGCUCGCUGACCCUGCAGCUGUCGGAUGUGCAGGACCGCUACCAGCGGCUGGAGGCCGGCGAGCGGGCGUCGCUGGAGGCGGCCCUGGUGGAGGAGCGGAGCCGCUACUGCCGCUUCGUCACCUGGCUGAAGCCGGUCGUGCAGGGUGAGGUGGACGCCGCUGAGGAGAUGUCCCGGCUGACCGAGGUCAUGGAGCAGCUGGUGGCGCACACGGUCGAGCCGUUCGCCCUGCCGGCCGCCUCCGAGCAGCUGAUCGCCGACAUAAAAGGCGCCGGCGACGCGUGGCAGCCCGGCUCGCCGCCCGACUCGCCGCGCGCCGCCUCCUCCUCGCUGGGCUCGCGCAAGUCCAGUCUGUGCUCCAUCAACAGCCUGCACUCGUCCAGCUCCGGCGGCACGGCGCCGCCGGCCGGCGGCCGGCCCCGCUCGUUCAGCCACACGGCGGCGGCGCUGGCCGGCGCCGCGCCGGCGCAACGCGUCGCCAGCGUGUCGUCGCACGACUCGGGCUUCACGUCGCAGGACACGCUGUUCGUGCGGCCGGCCACGCCGCCG